ACCACAACAGCUGCCCCAACAACAACCACAACAACCGCCCCCACGACAACAACUACAGCUGCCCCAACCACAACCACAACUACAGCUUCCCCAACCACAACCACAACAGCUGCCCCAACAACAACCACAACAACCGCCGCCACGACAACAACUACAGCUGCCCCAACAACAACCACAACUACAGCUGCCCCAACAACAACCACAACUACAGCUGCCCCAACCACAACCACAACAGCUGCCCCAACAACAACCACCACAGCAGCACCAACAACAACCACAACAACCGCCCCCACGACAACAACUACAGCUGCCAUAACCACAACCACAACAGCUGCCCCAACAACAACCACAACAAUCGCCCCCACGACAACAACUACAGCUGCCCCAACGACAACCACAACAGCUGCCCCAACAACAACCACAACAACCGCCCCCACAACAACAACUACAGCUGCCCCCACCACAACCACAACAGCUGCCCCAACAACAACCACAACAACCGCCCCCACGACAACAACUACAGCUGCCCCAACCACAACCACAACUACAGCUGCCCCAACCACAACCACAACAGCUGCCCCAACAACAACCACCACAGCAGCACCAACAACAACCACAACAACCGCCCCCACGACAACAACUACAGCUGCCAUAACCACAACCACAACAGCUGCCCCAACAACAACCACAACAACCGCCCCCACGACAACAACUACAGCUGCCCCAACAACAACCACAACAACCGCCCCCACGACAACAACUACAGCUGCCCCAACAACAACCACUACAGCUGCCCCAACAACAACCACAACAACCGCCCCCACGACAACAACUACAGCUGCCCCAACCACAACCACAACUACAGCUUCCCCAACCACAACCACAACAGCUGCCCCAACAACAACCACAACAACCGCCGCCACGACAACAACUACAGCUGCCCCAACAACAACCACAACUACAGCUGCCCCAACCACAACCACAACAGCUGCCCCAACAACAACCACCACAGCAGCACCAACAACAACCACAACAACCGCCCCCACGACAACAACUACAGCUGCCAUAACCACAACCACAACAGCUGCCCCAACAACAACCACCACAGCAGCACCAACAACAACCACAACAACCGCCCCCACGACAACAACUACAGCUGCCAUAACCACAACCACAACAACUGCCCCAACAACAACCACAACAACCGCCCCCACGACAACAACUACAGCUGCCCCAACGACAACCACAACAGCUGCCCCAACAACAACCACAACAACCGCCCCCACAACAACAACUACAGCUGCCCCCACCACAACCACAACAGCUGCCCCAACAACAACCACAACAACCGCCCCCACGACAACAACUACAGCUGCCCCAACAACAACCACAACAACCGCCCCCACGACAACAACUACAGCUGCCCCAACCACAACCACAACUACAGCUUCCCCAACCACAACCACAACAGCUGCCCCAACAACAACCACAACAACCGCCGCCACGACAACAACUACAGCUGCCCCAACAACAACCACCACAGCAGCACCAACAACAACCACAACAACCGCCCCCACGACAACAACUACAGCUGCCAUAACCACAACCACAACAGCUGCCCCAACAACAACCACCACAGCAGCACCAACAACAACCACAACAACCGCCCCCACGACAACAACUACAGCUGCCAUAACCACAACCACAACAACUGCCCCAACAACAACCACAACAACCGCCCCCACGACAACAACUACAGCUGCCCCAACGACAACCACAACAACCGCCGCCACAACAACAACUACAGCUGCCCCAACAACAACCACAACAGCUGCCCCAACAACAACCACCACAGCAGCACCAACAACAACCACAACAACCGCACCCACAACAACAACUACAGCUGCCCCAACCACAACAACUACAGCUGCCCCAACAACAACCACAACAACCGCCCCCACGACAACAACUACAGCUGCCCCCACGACAACAACUACAACCGCCCCAACAACAACCACAACUACAGCUUCCCCAACCACAACC